UGAAAAAAGGCCAGCGCUGCUCGAAGAUGCUACUUGCAUGCAAGCGCGCGCGGGAGGGGAUGGAGGAGGCCACUCCGGGCUGGGGCGGCGAGCCGUCCUGCUCGCCAGCCCGCUCGCUCCUUUCCGAGUCUCCGGCCGGAAAACGCACGCGGCUGCACGCGGCGGAGCCUGCGGCGCCGUCUGCGUCAGCCUUUGCCGCCGGCUGCUCUGACGGAGGCGCCUCGCAGUCGCGCGCCAUUGACCUCUCCGCGGCGCUUCGGCAGCGAACAGACCCGCACACGGGCGAGGUGCUGUUCACCCUGGACCAGGUCCGCGAUAUCGUGCGCAAGGCGGUCAUCGAGCGCGAGCGGACGCUGAGGGAGGAGUACGACCGCACCCUGCAGACGAAACUGCAGGAGCAGUUCCAGGCGUUCGCCAAGUUCAACGAGGACUACGUCUCCCGCCAGCUGCGCCAGGGCGAGCUGAGCUAUUGCUCCUAGCCAGUAUGCUGCUGCGUUAGCGGCGCGGCGCCCGUGCGGCUGCCGCGCGCGCGAGGGGGUGGCGGCGGCCUCGCGCCGCCCUGACCGCUCGGGCACACGGACGGGGCGCCGCCGCCGCGCCCUCGCCGCGCAUGUUUCAGUCUCCAUGUUUUGGUCUUCCGUGUAUCACCCGCGCAGCGCUGGAUGCCGCCUUAGAAAGCUCCGUCCGGCUCGCCGCCCACCGUGUAUGUUUUAUUCGUCUAAAUCGACGAAGGGGCUGAGC